AGUCGGGCUGAAAAGCUUUCUCUUUGUCAAGUUCACCGUAAAGGAAUCUGUAAGAGCUUGGCACGAGCGCGUAAGACUGCGGGGAAAGCUUUCCAAUUUUCCUCUUGCUGUGUUUUAAGGUAAGAGAACAAAUAAUAUCGGGGAAGACUUUAUAAAAAACACUUUGGCUUAUUCCCAGCCAGUAGCGCAAGCUCUGGGAUGCGAAUGUGAGAGCUGAAUUCACAGACAGAUCGCUUUUGUGUUCUACUGCAUUGCAGUUUAAAACAGUGAAAGCGCGAGAGGAGCCCGCGCUCCGCAGCAUCUCAAUGAGCCGGACAAAGUAUUUUAAACUGCUCAAAUCUGACUCCCGUUUACUCCUAAAAGGCACAAAGAAACAUUCUUGUCCGUAAAAGAGCUGUGAAGACUUAUCGCCGAUGCCGAGCUCCUCACAAAGUGGAUGUUUUAUUUUAUCGUGUUGAAAACGUGACCUGGUAACUAAAAGACUGUUGGAGAAAAUAAGAUUUUGCCGAAGGAAGCGUUUAUAGAGAUUAAUCGUUGACGAGUCUGUCUUGGACCAGAAGAAGCUGCAGAUAGAGAGUGAAAGAGAGAGAGAACGAGAAAGAGAGAGAGUCAUGGGGAGCAGGAGCGUUGGCGCAGUGCACUCCGCGCGCUGCUACCUCGUGCUUAUCCUGCAGCUGCUGACUCAGCUCCCGCGCGCCAAUUCAGUGCUGCGCUACCGCGUGGCGGAAGAGGGGCAGGACGAUGUGCACAUCGGGAACGUGGCUUCAGACCUGGGGCUGUCCACCUCUGGGAUUGGGACUGGUGAUGUCACUUUCGCUUUGGAAUCUGGCUCUGAAUACUUCAAAAUUGACAACGUCACUGGAGAGCUUACUACAGGCAGCAAGAGGAUUGACAGAGAGAAGCUGCCGCAGUGUCAGAUGAUAUUUGACGAGAACGAGUGCUUUUUGAACUUUGAAGUGUCAGUCAUAGGUCCCCUGCAGAGUUGGGUGGAUCUGUUUGAUGGCCGUAUUGUAGUCACAGACAUCAAUGACAACACCCCCUCUUUUCCUUCACCAGUACUCACACUAUCUGUUGAGGAGAAUCGGCCAAUCGGCACACUCUAUCUCCUUCCCACAGCCACAGACCGUGAUUUUGGCCGCAAUGGCAUUGAUCGCUAUGAGCUUAUCCAGGACAGUAGAGAUGGGGGGCUGUUGAGGAGAAUCGCCCAAUCGGCACUCUCUAUCUCCUUCCCACAUAGAGAUGGGGGGUCAUCUUCACGGCGACCUGCGAACGGACCGACAAAUGGGAAUGGUGGUGACCGAAGGAGAGUGUCAGAAACAGGGACAAGUCCUGCCAGCAGGAGCAGCGUGUUUGAACUACAAGUGGCCGACACACCUGAAGGACAGAAACAGCCUCAGCUGAUCGUGAAAGGGCCUCUGGACCGCGAAGCACGGGAUUCUUAUGAACUGGUGCUACGGGUUCGUGAUGGCGGCAACCCGCCCCGCUCCUCACAAGCUCUGUUGCGCGUGUCCAUCACAGACAUCAAUGACAACAGUCCACGUUUUGAAAGAGCCGUGUAUGAAGCAGAAAUGGCAGAAAAUGCCCCACCUGGCACACCUGUCCUGCAGGUGCGGGCCACAGACCGUGACGUCGGCGUGAACGGGCAGGUUGAGUAUGUGUUUGGAGCCGCGACGGAAUCAGUGCGGCGCCUCCUGAGGUUGGAUGAAGCAUCAGGUUGGCUGAGCGUUCUGCAUCGUAUAGACCGCGAGGAAGUUUCACAGCUACGCUUCACCAUCACAGCCCGUGACCGUGGCCAACCACCUCGUACUGACCGCACUACAGUUGUUCUCAACGUCAGGGAUGAAAAUGACAAUGUACCAAUAGUAGAAAUUCGAAAAAUUGGACGAAUCCUUGUUCGCGAUGGUGCUGCAAUGGUUCCGGAGAACGUGCUGGUGGACACUCCAGUAGCAUUAGUGCAGGUGUCAGACCGCGACCAGGGAGAGAAUGGUGCGGUUACCUGCACUGUGGUUGGAGAUGUACCAUUCACACUGAAACCGGCGGGUGAGACAGCCCUAGCACCUCCACCAGCCACAGACGAUGCCUUUGAACGAAACAAAAAGAAAUACUUUCUCCACACCUCAGCACUUUUGGAUUAUGAAGCUACUCGUGAGUAUAGUGUCACUAUUGUGGCAGUGGACUCCGGUAGCCCAAGCCUCUCGAGUAAUAGUUCCCUUCUGGUGCGUGUGGUGGACAUAAAUGACCAUGCUCCCACUUUUGCCCAAAGCUUAGUGGAAGUGCAUUUUGCAGAGAAUAAUGCCCCAGGAGAACGAGUGGUCACUGUAGUGGCGUCUGAUGCAGACAGUGGCAAGAAUGCAGAGAUCGCAUACUCACUGGACCCAUCUGUUAAUGGAGCUUUUUACAUUGAUGCCGAUAACGGUGAUAUUCGUGCCACUGGGGCACUAGAUAGAGAGCAGAGGGAACACUAUGAAUUUCGUGUGAUAGCUCGAGAUAAAGGCACACCAUCUCUGCAGGGCUCUGCUACUGUCGUAGUCCAGGUUACGGACAGGAACGACAAUGGCCCCAAAUUUGUCCAGGAAGUCUUCACAUUCUAUGUCAAAGAGAACCUUCUCACCAAUAGCCCUGUCGGCAUGGUGACUGUUACCGAUGCAGAUGAAGGUGAGAAUGCAGAGUUGAGUCUUUUUGUUGAGCAUGAUGAAGAGGAGGGUGGAGAAGAGGGCAAAGAGGGAAAGCAAGAAGUUUUCUCCAUUGAAAAUAACACUGGAACCAUUUUUUCCUCUGCAUCCUUUGAUCGCGAACGACGUAGCGCAUACUCAUUCCGCGUGCGUGCCGUUGAUGGUGGAGAACCGCCACGGUCUGCCACCGCCACCAUCUCCCUGUUUGUCACUGAUGAAAAUGACAACGCGCCAUCCAUCACAUCACCCGCUAAUGAAUCAUACACCCUCCUGCCACCCGCUAGCGGGGCUCGGACUGUAGUCCGCACAGUCACAGCCUCCGAUGGCGACACAGGGUCUAAUGCCGAUCUCCGCUACGCUCUGGUAGGCGGAAACCCUUUUCGUCUGUUUGAGAUUGGCUCUAGUAGUGGGGUCAUAACCUUGGCAGAGCCCCUAGAGAGAAGACACAGGGGUCUGCACCGCUUGGUGGUCCGGGUCAAUGACAGUGGCAUGCCUUCCCUUUGUGCCACAGCACUGGUGCAUGUCUUCAUCAAUGAGAGCUUGGCCAAUGCUACGCUGGUGGAUACACAGGUGGCCCGCAGCCUUGCAGUCCCCCUCUAUAUGGAUAUUGCAGGUGACCCAGACAGUGAGAGAGCUUUGGGUAAACAACGCCUGAGCGUUGCCAUCGGUGUCCUGGCUGGUGCUGCCGCCGUUAUUCUGGUGAUCCUUCUGGUUGUGACAGCUCGACAGUGUGGGGCACAGGGUAAGAACGGCUAUGAGGCUGGGAAGAAGGAGCCAGAAGAGGACUUUUUCAGUCCACAGCCUCCCCCUCUACAAGCCCAGGGCACCCAAAAUGAACGUGGGCGCAAACCACGCAGAGACAAGCAUCAUAACGGUACUGCCAAAUCUGAGCGUUCUUUAUACAGUGGAAUUAUGACGGUGAAUGGUUGCAGACGUGGGGGAGGCGAUGAAGAAGAGGAGGAUGAAGAGGCCAGCAGUGCCAGCGAGAGGAUUGCAGCACGUUAUUGUGCAGCAGCUAACGGAGACACCAGCAGUCCAAGACUUGGCUCGAGACAUCACCAGUCAAGCCCAGAUCUGGCCCGCCACUACAAGUCCAGCUCACCUUUGCCUGCAGUGCACCUUCAGCCCAACUCACCACCCGUGGAAGGCAAGAAGCACCAGGCUGUGCAGGAACUGCCCCCCACUAACACCUUCACUGGCAACGGCAACAGUAAUGCAGACGCCAUGUCACUCAGCUCAGACCAAUGCUCCGAUUACGGCUGCCAAACUGUCAAGUACAGCAAACAGCCCCUCAGAAGAGUGACAUUUUCUGUGGUGAGUCAGACACCUGAUCAAUGCUGCUAUGAUAGUGGAGUGGAGGACUCUGAGACCCCCAGCAGCAAGAGCUCCUCUGGACCCGGACUGGGAUCUUUACCGCUGCCUGAGGACGGAUAUGAAAGGACGACACCAGAAGGGAGCGUAGGCGAGGAGGAGCAUGUGGAAAAUGACCCCAGGCAGCUCCCUGACGUGGCUCUGACAGGAAAGUGCACACAAGAGUGUGAUGAGUUUGGUCACUCUGACACCUGCUGGAUGCCCGUGCAACUAUCACCACGGAGACGCAUGGAACCACCCCAACUCUCCACCUUCGCCUCGCCCGGCGAUAACAACAACAACACGGAAGACGACAGCGACCGAGAGGAAGACGGAGACGGAGGUACGGAUAAGAGCAGCGGAGGAAGCGAGGAGGUCCGGGAUUCGCUUGCAAACGGAGAUCCGCUCGGAACGCUCAGCCGUCGGGACCCGAACAGGAACAUGGGUGAUCACAACCGUAAUCUCCUGAACCGGAAAAUGACCUCGGCAUCCUACGACACAUUCAGCAGCGCCGGCUUUGGCCGCCGUCCGGAUGAAGAAGACUCACACCCCCCAGAGGUCAUUCCACUUACGAGGACGGGGGGCGACUAUAAGACCACCUCGUGCCUCACUCUGUCUCGCAGGGAAGUGUACCUGUGAGCUGCAGCCAGCCCUCAGAGCAACUUCACUGCACCGGAGCAGGAGGAUCAUUGAGAUACUAGCCUAUACCUGUUCAAAACAGGCGUCUUCUCCUUGCCAAAAAUUCAUCAUCAGUUCAUUACUCUAGAUGCAAAAUAUCAAAGUUGAGGAGAAAAAGUGAAGCAUCUUUUAUUCUUUCAUAAACUUGGAUAGACUUUGUCAAUGGCAAACACUUGCAUGUUAGGCCUCCCAAAGACAGGGGGCGAUGUGGGGACUGAUGGACAAAAUCCAGUCACGGACCUCAUAAAUGGAUGCUCAUUUCAUCUGAUCGUGGCACAUCAUGAAAAUAAAACCAUGUAGCAUCAGGAAAAAGGAAUUCCUCACCAAUCAUAGGGCGACAGCGUCAACUAAAUAUUUUAAUCUAACUAGUUUCCUGUCGCUGAGCCAGUAUGGUUAUUUAAUUGCAGUCACAUGGUAAACACUAGACAUGUAAAUGAUUUCAUCACAGACUUUUAGAGAAAAGAAAAAAAAAGAAAAGAAAAAAAAA